GACGGCGACGGCGAGGGCGAAGGCGCCGAGGGCGACCGGCCGCCUCGCCGCGACGGCGCCGCCCUGGCGCAGCAGCUGCUGGACGCUGGCGCAGACCCCAACCUGCACAACCGCGAAGGAUUCACACCGGUGCACCUGUGUGUGCUGGCGCGCAACUCGUCGGUGCUGCAGCUGCUGCUGGGCGCGGGGGCGGACGGCGGCCGCGGGCGCGGUCCCAAGGCGGACGUGAACGCGCGCACGGCGGAGGGCCACCCGCCGCUGUGGUUCGCGCUGCUGGCCGAGGGCGCGGGCGCGGAGGCCGAGGGGGCGUACCCGUCCGAUUGCGCGGCCGAGCGCCUGCUGGCCGCCGGCGCCGCCCCCAACCCGGCCUACCCGCCGCCCGCGCAGCCCGCCGGCGACCGCCUGUUGCACCGCCUCGCCCGCGACGCCCUCGAGCCCGCCGCGCUCUUCGUGGCCGCGCGCGCGCCCCCCGCCGACCUCGCCGCUGCCAACGCCAACGGGGAGACAGCGCUGCACGUGGCGUGCGCCAAGGGGCUGGCGCGGCUGGCCACGCGGCUGCUGGAGCGCGGCGUGCCGCCCAACGCCCAGACGCUGCGCCCGCCCUCCACGCCCUACACUCCGCCCACCGCCCCCGCCUUCACGCCCGCCUAUGUGCCCGCCGCCUCGCCCGCCUCCUCCGCUGCCUCCGCCGCCUCCGCUGCCUCCACCGUCUCCGUCGGCCGGUCGCCCUUCGACGAUGACGAUGACGACGAGGACGAAGACCAAGGGCGCGUCGGAGGCGCGGACGUGAACGUGGUGGACGGGCGCGGGCUGUCGCUGCUGCACCGCGCGCUGCUGGCGGGCGACGCGGCCGCCGCGCUCUUUCUGCUGGAGAGCGGCGCCGACCCGCACCUGCCGGCGCCGGCCGCGCCCCCGGCCUCGCCCCGGGCCGCCACGCCCCUGCAGCUGGCCCUGCGCGCGCGCCUGCCGGCCGUGUGCGAGGCCCUGUGCCGGCGCGGCGCCGACCUCUCGGCCGACCUGUCCGCCGGUGACGACCCGCCGCUGUGGGAGGCCCUGGCCGACGGGCAGGCGGACGUGGCGGCGGCGCUGGUGCGCCACGGCGCCGACCCCGACUGCUGGGCGCCCGGGCCCGACGGCUGCCUGCAGACGCUGCUGCACCGCGCGCUCGACGAGAACAACGAGCCCGUCGCCAAGUUCCUCAUCCGCAGCGGGUGCGACCUGAACAGCCCGCGGCGCGCGGGCCCCGCGGGGGCGUCGGAGGGCGCGGCGGGCGCGGAGCGCGCGGGCCCGCUGCACCUGUGCUGCCAGUGGGGGCUGGAGGAGGCGGCGCGCACGCUGGUGGAGCACGGCGCCGACGUGAACCAGCGCGACGCGGACGGGCGCACGCCGCUGCACGCGGCGGUGCGCGCGCACCACGCCGCCAUCAUCUCGCUGCUGCUGUGCCACCCGGGCCUGGACCUGGCGGUGCGCGACCGCGCGGGCCUCACGCCCUUCGCCACUGCGCUCACCGUGCGCAACCCGCGCGCCGCCCAGGCCAUCCUCGACCGCCUGCCCUCGGCCGCCGAGCAGGUGGACGGCAAGGGACGCAACUUCCUACACACGGCGAUCGUGCGCGGCGACGUGGAGAGCGUGCUGUUCCUGCUGGCGCUGCAGGUGGACGUGAACUCUCGCGUGCAGGACGCCGAGCAGACGCCGCCGCUCCUGCUGGCCGCAGCCGAGGGCGACGAGAUGCUCGUCCGCAGCCUCAUCCUCGCGGGAGCAAGGGUGAACGACGCGGACGCGCGGCGGCGCACGGCGCUGCACGUGGCGGCGGCGGCGGGCCACGCUCACGUGGUGUCGGCGCUGCUUCAGAACGGCGCGGAGUGCGACGCCGCGGACGCCGACGGCGAGGGCGCGCUGCACGCGGCGGCGCGCGCGGGCCAGCUGGCGGCGGCGCGCGCGCCUGCUCACCGAGUCGCCAGGCCGACGCCGAGGCCUACCCGCUCGAGCCGCCCGACUGACGGCAACACCGCUCUUCUGCUGGCCUACAUGAAAGGGAAUGGCAACCUGUGUCGUACCCUUGUGAAGGCAGGUGCAUGUCUUGGAUGCAUGAACAAGGAUGGCAUCACAAUUUUCAACUAUCAAGUAGCUACUAAACAGUUGCUUUAUAGGUUGCUGGAUCAUCUGUCUCAGGAGCCUCCGUGGGCUGAAGGGGAUAUUUGCUUAGAGUGUGGAACAAAGUUUGGACUGACAAUGAGGAAGCAUCAUUGUCGUCACUGUGGCCGCAUCUUGUGCAGUAAAUGUUCAGGUCGAGAUGUGCCUAUUUUGAAAUUCAACUUGAACAAACCUGUACGAGUGUGUGCAGUGUGCUUUGAUGUUCUGCAAUACACGAGACUGCUAUUGUCAGUGUAUGAAAAAAUUGUUGAAAAUGCAAAAGUGGGCUUCAAGCUACUUUUGCUCUUAAUAUUUUUGAAUAGAAUAGAGUUAAGUGUAUUUUAUAUAUGUAUAAUCAUUAUUCUUGAAAUAGAU